AUGGUUGUAACACAAAUUCUCUCUUUUGUAAAUGACAAAGUUCAACAUGUACAAUCAGCAAUUACUCCAAAUUAUCCUAUCGGAGAUUCAAUAUUGAAACCAGGAGAUCAAACAAAAAUAACUUGGUUAGAAGAUAAAAAUAAACCAUUAUUAUCGUCACUUCCAAAAGUAUUAAUCGAAUUGAUGACAGGUAGCGAUCUGAAUCAAAUCUCAUUGCAAACUAUAGCCACAGUGAAUGCUGUUCUUAAAACUUGUGAUUGGACAGUACCCGAAGUUGAACCUGCUGGUCAAAAUGGGCCCAAACCAGAAUCUGGAAAAAAUCCUGGUGGAGUUGGACAUUUAGUAACAUCCACUACUAAUAAUGUCACCACCUCUACUAAUUUAAAUAAUAAUAUUGAAACUGCUAGUACAACAAAAAAAAAUAGUCUUACUUCUAGCAAUAGUUUUAUCAAUAAUGCUACAAAAAGUAAUUAUGAUUCUGUAAUAUUUUGGAAUGUAAUUAUUUUAUCAUUUGUGGUGCUUCUAAGUAAUAGUUUAUUGAUUAAAAAUUAA